AUGCUGGGAGUGUUGGGGCAGUUCUCCCCCGGGGAAUAAAUACAGGCUGCAGGUGAAGUCCAUCCAUCAAGUUGAUCACAAAUCAGCCAUGAGGUCUCUGGUCUUCGUUCUGCUCAUCGGAGCUGCCUUCGCCCUUGACGACGACAAAAUCGUCGGAGGGUAUGAGUGCCAACCCCACUCUCAGCCCCAUCAGGUGUCCCUGAACUCUGGCUACCACUUCUGUGGCGGUUCUCUGGUCAACAAGGACUGGGUUGUGUCUGCUGCUCACUGCUACAAAUCCCGUGUGGAGGUGCGUCUGGGAGAGCACCACAUCAGGAUCAACGAGAACACCGAGCAGUUCAUCAGCUCCUCCCGUGUCAUCCGCCAUCCCAGAUACAGCUCCUACAACAUUGACAACGACAUCAUGCUGAUCAAGCUGAGCUCCUCCGCCACCCUCAACAACUACGUCCGGCCCGUGGCUCUUCCCACUAGCUGUGCUCCCGCUGGCACCAUGUGCUUGGUCUCCGGCUGGGGAAACACCAUGAGCUCCACUGCUGACAAGAACAAGCUGCAGUGUCUGGACCUCCCCAUCCUGUCUGAGAGGGACUGCAAGAACUCCUACCCUGGAAUGAUCACCGACGCCAUGUUCUGCGCUGGAUACCUGGAGGGAGGCAAGGACUCUUGCCAGGGUGACUCCGGUGGCCCAGUUGUGUGCAACGGUCAGCUGCAGGGUGUUGUGUCCUGGGGCUAUGGAUGCGCUGAGAGGGACCACCCUGGUGUCUACGCCAAGGUUUGCAUUUUCAACGAGUGGCUGGAGAGCACCAUGGCCAGCUACUAAGUGAUCCAACAGGAAAUACAGUCAAGCAGCUAAGCAGAAUUAGCUGUUUAUGUUCCAUCUGACUGCCUGAACAAUAUAAUAAAUAAUCAAAAACCUGA